AUGGGCGAACACGAACAACGCUCCGCUAAUAUGGGAGUUACCUUUAAUACAUGGUUAGAGAAGUUUCAAGAAAGGGUGGUAGAGUCAAAAUGGACAAAGUUAUUUGUUCUCGCAUCAACUUUGCAACUCUGUUCGGUUAUCGUAUUAGAGUCUCGAGUGCUCGACCGGAAUAAUAGAUUCAGAAAAACAUUGAUGGACAGUGGAAAUACUACCUGCACCAAGCCUUCCAUUGACCGCAUGCUACUCAUUGAGCAAGAAAACGCUAUAUUCAUGGUUUUUCAACUCUUUCAACUUUGGUUUUGCUUGAAUGCGGUCUAUAACCAAAAUACAUUUCAGAUCAUCACAAUUGCCGUGAUAAAUUUUCUGUGCGGACUUUGCAGUAUCGUUCAAAUUCUCGAAAUCAGAAAAUGGAGUUCGGAUUUGAAUGCAGCAUGUGGAGCGGUAGUACCUAAUUUUGACAAAGAUUUUGGUUCUUAUGACGUACCGCUCGUGGUAUGCUUGGUUAUCUUUUCAUUAAUUAUUGCGUUCCUUAGUUGGAAACUUUACCAGCAAUUCGGAUGGAAUAUAUAUAAAAGAAUAGGCGCAGACAUUCGAAUGCAGAAAAUAUACAAAACCAUACUCAUUUUCGUCUUGUAUCUAAAACUUGACUUAUUUUUCAUUCUGGUCACGGCUGUUGAAGUGUUUAUGUCAUUUAACAUCGAUACCCCUCAGACAAACAAUUUCAUUUUCGUCCUUCCUAAAGGUCUGUACUAUUUCCACAUGUUUGUAACGAUAAUGAUCUUGCUCUUGGAAGUCCUUGCCUAUUAUGCUCUACGAAGGGAAUGGAAAAUUGGAAUGAUAGUGUACCUUGUGCUAUCAUUGUGUACUGUCGUUGAUUUUAUAGUUCUUUUGAAGUUCGCUACGAAAACGAUUACGCAAAGCUGGUACUUCUUCAUACUACUCGUUGUGGUUGCCAUAGUACUAUCAUUGCUGACGUGGGUUUGGGCUUUACUAGUGACCAGGGAUUUCGAUAAAGGUUUUGCGAACCUUAUUGAAGAAGGCAUCAAGAAAAAGGAAACCAGAAAACCGAUCAUCAUCGAAGAUUAA